UUAUUUUGAAAGACACGUCCAACUGGCGGGAACCUUGCGUGUCAACAGAUCAUGCAAAAUAUACGGACGCGGACAAGCGAGUCAUUUCAGAUGAGAAGUUCUACAAAACAGACAGAAGUGUGUGAUUUGAGUUACGUAUCCUGACACAGAAUGGUUCAAAUAGUCAUCUCGAGUAAUGCCGGUGAAUACCCUGCUGAGUGGCUGCUGGUGGAGCUGCAGGGAGAAAUGGUGUCCAGACAAAACACUGGACUAGCAGGAAAUCUGAUGGGGGACCUGCACUACACUAAAGAGGGUGUACCAAUCCUUAUAGUUGGACAUCACAUCCUUUAUGGCAAACAGGUCAAGUUGGAGAAGCCGUUUGCUGUUCUGAUGAAGCACUCCGGACUUCCUCAGGAUGCAGAGGAAAACAUGGAAACCAACCAAGAGAAACCAACAUCUUACACAGUCUCGGCUCUCAUCAAAAAGAAGCUCAUAUUUAAAACCAGACCCAAACCCAUCAUCACCAAUGUGCCAAAGAAGGUAUAACUAGUAACCAGAGACUAAUGUUCAUAGAGUUAGUGCAUUUACUGUGUACACAUAUUGUUGUCAGGAAUAUGUUUCUGACAAUAAUAAGGAAACAUGUGUUUAGGAGUGUAAUAAUAAAAGGCCUCUAGUGAAUUUCAACAACAAAAAAAGAAGAAAUGCUCACUUUUGAAUCCAAGUUUAUUGUAUCAAAACAUCAGUAACAAGGAAAAUGUCCAAACUUAAAGAAUCCAGUUUCUUUUAUACACCAGAAUGAACAUCAUUUGUAAAGUUCAUAUGAGAUUAAAAGACCUUGGUGGCCAUUUCCAGGUAUUGUAGGUUCGGUAUGAAACCCAAAGAAAAUGGUUUCAAUUCAUGACUUCAGUAUUUGAUUCUGUGAGUAAACGUAAGCUGCCAGUGGCAAACUGUAAUCGUGGUUAAAAACUCUUAACCUCUCCCAUGAUGCAUCAUGAACAAUUUAUAAUUCCCUAAUCUGUACAGCGUUAUGAAAAUAACUUAACAUGUGUUCCAAAAAAUAAAGUUUCCUAGAAAAAAUGUA